AUGUCGAAGGCGGCCGUGGGCGCGGACGUUUUCCGACAGGCGGACCAUCUGGGCCAGGAGACCGCCAUCCGCAUCCGGGGCCUGGUGCGGGCCGACGCGCGCGCGCCGGGCGGUUACGAGAUCGACGUCGCGAACCUGGAGCUGGUGGGACCGUCGCAGGACUACCCGAUCACCCCGAAGGAGCACGGCGUCGAGUAUCUGCUGGACCAUCGCCACCUGUGGCUGCGCACCGAGCGGCAGCAGGCGAUUCUGCGCGUCCGCCACGAGGUCAUCGACUGCAUCCGCACCUUCUUCAACGAGCGCGGCUUCGUGCUCGUGGAUACGCCGAUCCUGACGCCGGCCGCGUGCGAGGGCACCACCACCCUCUUUCCGGUCCCGUACUUCGACACCGCCACCGCCUUCCUGACGCAGAGCGGGCAGCUGUACAACGAAGCAAACGCCAUGGCGUUGGGCCGCGUGUGUACUGCUUCGGCCCCACGUUCAGGGCGGAGAAAUCGAAGACGCGCCGCCACCUGA